AUGGCAACCCGCGAAGACCCUCCCACCACCCGCCUCUCCACCCCUCACGUCCCGAUCCACUUCGUCCCCGCCAAAGCCGGCGAGAUCAUCAAGCUCGGUUCCGCGCUGACAUUGCGCGUCAUGGAAGACGGCUCCCACACCGACAACCGGCUCGGCGCCGUCGAACUCAUCAUCCCGCCCCGCACUUCCGGGCCCCCGCUGCACUGGCACGAAAUGCACGAUGAGACUUUCCUCGUUACGAAGGGUACGGUGAGGUUUCAUUAUCCGGUGAUGGAGGGUCCGGGGGAUGGGGAUGGGGGUUUUCAUGCAGAUGCGCGGGUGGGGGAUUAUGUCGUUGUGGGGACGAGGGCGCCGCAUACGUUUAGUAAUCCGUUUGGGGAGGAGGCGAGAUUUUUCAACACGUUUACGCCGGCGUUUUAUGUGAACUAUUUCAAGCUGAUGGCGGAGUUGUUGCAGGGAGGAGAAAUGACGCCAGAGGUCAAUAUGCAGGCUAUGGCUUCUUAUGCGACCAUCCCUGUCGAAAAGCGCGGUUGA